AUGACCGACAAGGAGAAGGCGGCGGCCGCCAAGGCCAAGGGCAACGCCGCCUUCCAGGCCAAAAAUUUCGAGGAGGCGAUCAAGCACUUCACCGAGGCCAUCUCGCACGAUGCUACGGACCACGUGUUCUUCUCGAAUAGGUCGGCGUGCUACUCCUCGCUGGAGAAGUACGAGAAGGCCCUGGAGGACGGCACCAAGUGCGUGACCUUGAAGCCGGACUGGCCGAAGGGCUACACGCGCAAGGGUCUCGCGGAGUUCUUCCUCAGGAAGUACGAUGAGUCCGCGGAGACUUACAAGGCGGGUCUCAAGCUAGCGCCAGAGGACCCCGCCAUGAAGGAGGGCCUCUCGAAGGCCAUGGACGCGAAGUACGAGGUCCCCGGAGCGGGCGCCGGAGGCGCGCGGCCAGAGCGGGCGCUCGCCCCGAUCGUCGCCGCUGCCGCCGUCGCCAGUGCCGCCGGAGGAUGCACCAACGUCGUCCUGAAGAGCAACGGCUACCCCGAGAUCAGCGAGGCGGAUUACAAGAAGGGCACCAGGUACGUCACCCCGGAGCGCUUCGGCUUCCACGUCUCGGGUGACCCGCGGGACGCCGCGGGCCCUGAGCUCGGCAGACAGUUCGACGACCUUUAUGUGACAUUGGUCUCCCCGGAGACGACCCCGAUGUUCCCCGGCCUGAGGGAGUUCCUCUCGGGAGCCUCCGCGAGGCGGGCUGCCGCGUGGGGGCGCUGA